UUUUCAGGUGAGCCAAGCAAAAGCUAAGCCAAAAAGGAACCAUGAGGAUACCAUGGCGACUAACGCUCUCAUUACCCACUCCUGGCUCUUUAUGUUUUUGAUAUGCUUCAGUGGACGCCACCACACAGCCGGUCCUCUCAGCCAGUUCAUUAGGUAUUACGAGGGCCUCGCGUACGACCAGCAGGCUUUACAUCAGAGUCACCAGAGGGUAAAGCGAGAGGAUGAGCUUUCCCACCGGCAACUGAGGCUGAACUUCACUGCCUUCCAACGGGACUUUCGUUUGCUCCUGGAACAAGACUCAGAGGGAUUUGCUGAUAACUUCAGGAUUGAUGUGGGGGAUGGCGGCGGACAAGGUGUAGUGGACCUGUCGCACGUGUUCUCCGGAAGUCUGGAGGAUGAAGAACGCUCCUCCUGCCAUGGCUCCAUCGUCCAGGGCCUGUUCCAGGGCUCCAUCACCACGGAGAACGGGACGUAUCACGUGGAGCCCAUGCAGCGCUACAUGCUUGACAACAACAACAACAACAACAACAACCAGUCUGACUUCCACUCUGUCAUCUACCAUGAAGACGACAUAGGCAAGUGUGAAGACAAGAGACCCAUGUCUCUGUGUGCAUGUGUGUGUGUGUGUGUCUCCACAGACAUGUCUGCCCUGGGGAAGAGAUUUAAUGGUCUGUGUGGGUCGGAGCUCUUGGCGCACCUUGCCAGGAGCCUGAGACUGGAAGAGGAGGGAGAGAAGGAAGAGGUCCGCAUGAGGUCCCGGAGAACAUCGGAUGAUUCCAAAACCACCUGUCUGAUGCACCUGCAGGCUGACUACUUCUACUACCGCAAGUUUGGGAGUGUGGAGGCUGUUGUGGGCCAGGUGGCAUCCUAUAUGAGAGCAGUGAAUGACAUCUAUGACAAGGCCGACUUUGAAGGCAUCGACCUCAUCAACUUUAAAGUGAAAUCUCUCAGUGUCAUGACGAAAGAGGAGAAGGGCAGCCCCAUGAAUCGGCCCUUCAUUGGCCCCGAGAAGCUGCUGAGUCUCUACUCGGACAGCAACUGGGGGAACUACUGCCUGUCCUACCUACUCACCAACCGCGACUACAGUGGAGUGCUGGGCCUCGCCUGGGAAGGGAAGGCAGGUAACUGGGGAGGGAUAUGUUCCAAACACACGACCCUGAGGGAUGGCCGCAACGCCAGCCUCAACACGGGCCUGAUCACCAUCCAGAACUACGGCCAGUACCUGCCCCCCCGACAGAUCCAGCUCACCUUCGCCCACGAGCUGGGACACAGCCUGGGCUCUCCCCAUGAUGAGGGCCGAAACUGUGGGAAUUUGGGCUCGGAGUCAGAGGGAGGCAAGGGCCGCUACCUGAUGUUCCCUCAGGCCAGCAAUAAGGUGCGGGAGAACAACGACAAACUCUCUCCUUGUAGCCUGUGGCGCAUCGGACAAACACUGGAGACAAAGAAGGACGACUGCUUUGUCGUGAGCGAUCAGCCUAUCUGUGGCAAUCACAUCGUGGAAGAGGGCGAGGAGUGUGACGUGGGCCACGACAGCGAAGACCCGUGCUGCUACAGCUCCAAGGAGUCCUUGGCCGUACAGUGUCGACUAAAGCCAAACAAACACUGCAGUCCCAGUCAAGGCCUGUGCUGCAGCACAAGCUGCGACUUCAAGGCCAAGGGCACAGCAUGCGAGGAAGAGUCGGAGUGCGAGAUGAAGAGCGUGUGCACCGGAGCCUCCCCCGUCUGCCCUCCACCCAGCCCCAAAGCCAACAUGACCCUCUGCAACCUGGGGACACGGGUCUGCCUGCAAGGGGAGUGUUCUCUUUCUCUGUGUGUCAAGCACGGCUUGGAGCAGUGCGACUGUCCGGGAGACUCCAUGAGGGAAAAGUGCCACAUGUGUUGUCAGGAAAUUGACAAACCCAAAACAUGUGCGAGCACCACAUCCUCGGUGAUGGCCAAGCAUUUCCGAGGAAAGAGUGUGGCCUUGGUGGCUGGAGAUCCGUGUUCGGGGAACCAGGGAUACUGCGACAAGUUUCAGGUCUGCAGACUUCUGGACGCUGACGGGCCGAUAGCGAGACUGAAAAACACCUUCCUUCAUCUGGACGAGUUUGAGGAUCUUGGUGAUUGGAUGGAGGCGCACUGGUGGGCUAUUCUUCUGGCCAUCCUCAGCCUCUCUGCCAUCAUGGCUGGCACCGUGUGUGUCUUUGGACGUCCCUUGGAGACGGACGACGAGCCUGAUUCUGCAGCACAGAAGGUUUUGGGGAGUUUCGUGCUUAGAAAAACAUCCCUCUGUCACUGUUACUGUCUUUUCUUACUGCCUCUUGCUGGCCUAAAUGAAGCAGAACCUACUGUAGGCUUGGCUCCAUCUGUCCAAACACUCUCCGACACAGAUUGAACUCUCUGCAGUUGUACCACCGGUUGGUCGGUCUGCAAAGCCUACCAUUGCCUGUCCUUGCUUGCUGAGCUAUGUGAACUUGUUGUCUAAAUCGAGUCUCUGACUCUUCUCCAAGAGUCAUCCCGGCGAGAGGCUUUCACACAAUCCCAAACAGCUCUACCACUACAGGCAUGCCUGGUGCUUGGCCAGCCAGAGAGAGAAGGAUUGUUGUUAUUGCAUUUCCACCUGCAUCAACUCAUCACUUGCACAUGCUGCACUGUGUGUGUGUGUGUGAUUAUUGUCAAUUCCUUAUUUAUAUGUUUAAUGGCACAUUGGAGACUGGUCAAACACAAUUUCAAGCUUCUAUGCUAACCCUGUUACAUAGAUUUUUGACAAUA